AUGACGGCCCAAUACCACCCAGACCAUCACGAGCUACACAAUGGGGGUGAUCUAGAAGCUAUGGACGUGAAGAAGGCGAAGAGCAACCCGGCAUCUAUCCGCGGACUAGAGACUAGUCCUGAGACGUCUCUCAAGAAAGGACUCCAAGCCCGCCAUGUGAAUAUGAUCGCUAUUGGUGGUGCCAUAGGAACCGGCCUGAUCAUUGGCACAGGGAAAGCCCUUGCGCAGGCCGGACCUGGCUCGUUACUCAUUUCAUACACCUUUGUCGGUGGCAUCGUUUUCUUGGUCAUGGCAGCCAUGGGUGAGAUGACUGCGUGGCUGCCGCUCUCUGCUGGCUUCACGGGCUAUGCUUCGCGUUAUUGCCAUCCCUCCCUGGGGUUCGCGUUGGGCUGGACGUACCUUUUCAAAUAUCUCAUCAUGACUCCGAACCAACUCACAGCUGCAGCCCUUGUGCUGCAAUUUUGGGUGCCGCGCGAGAAGGUCAACCCGGGUGUUUUCAUCGUUGUUUUCCUGAUUGUCAUCUUGUUCAUCAAUUUCUGGAGAAUCGGCGUCUUUGGUGAGGUCGAGUUUUGGCUUUCCACUUUCAAAGUGCUUGUCAUUGUUGGCAUUAUGAUAUUCGCCUUAGUGUUGAUUGUUGGCGGCGGACCUGAUCACGAGGUCCGCGGGUUUCGUUAUUGGAGCAACCCUGGAGCAUUCAAAGAAUACAUCGCCUCCGGGGCCUGGGGUAAAGCCCUGGGUUUCUGGUCAACCAUGAUCAACGCGACCUUUGCGUAUCAGGGAACCGAACUCGUUGGUGUCACAGUGGCAGAAGCACAAAACCCCCGCAAGACAAUUCCAAAGGCUAUCAAGAUGACCUUUUACCGGAUCCUGCUCUUCUACUGUAUCUCUGUUUUCUUGCUCGGUAUGCUCGUUCCAUACGACUCACCAGAGCUCAGCUUCGCCGUCAAGCAGAAGGCGAGCGCUUCGGCAUCGCCGUUCGUAGCGGCGGCUACUGUCGCGGGCGUCCAGGUCAUGCCACACAUCAUCAACGGCUGCAUCUGUCUCACCAUCUUGUCCGCAGCCAACACGGAUCUCUACAUUGCCAGCAGAACUCUCUAUGGCCUGGCAUCUGACGGGAAAGCGCCAGCGAUUUUCAAGCGAACCAACAACGGCGGCACGCCAAUCUACGCGUUGGCAGUUGCAGCUGUGUUUGCUCUACUUGCAUUCAUGAACGUCUCUGAUGAUUCGACCAAGAUCUUUGGCUACUUUGUUAACAUCACAACUAUUUUUGGCCUGCUCACCUGGAUCUCCAUCCUCGUUACCCAUAUCUUCUGGUGCAGGGCCCGAAAAGCUCAAAGCCUUGACUCUGCUACUCUCCCAUAUGCGGCCCCAUUCGGCAUCUGGGGCUCGUACUGCGCGCUUGUUGUUUGUAUAUUUAUUGCCUUGACGAAGAACUUUGAUGUUUUCACACGGUGGGACCAGGCGCCUUUCCACGUUGAAAAGUACAAGACAUUCAUCACUGGAUACAUCGGCAUACCAGUGUACUUGGUUCUGAUUUUCGGCCACAAGUUCGUCACCAAAUCCGGGCCUGUUCGUCCAGAGGAGACGGACUUUUUCACUGGCAAGGACAUUGUUGACAACGAGGAGCGGCUCUUUCUUGAGCAUCAGGCCUUGCGACAAGAAUCGACGCAAAUGGCUCGAGGAUGGAAUCUGGUUUAUAAACGCUUCGUGGCGUGGUUGUUCUAG